AUGUACUCUACUUUCCAAGGGGAGAAUUUUGGGUCUAACACACAAUUCCAGGGGGAGAGUUUUAUAUCACCCAUUUCUUAUGAGCAGCAUCCUUUUGAUGGUGACUUUUCCCAACCAACUAAGAACCACGAAACUCCAUUCGCAUGCAGUGAUUCAGUUCCUGAGGACAACAAGUUCGCAUCAUUCAAGGGGGAGAAUAAAGAAACAAAUGAUGAUUCGGACACUCAAUCAGUUCUAUCUGAAUUCAAGGAAGGCUUCCCAGUCAAUGUGAACAUUCGCAGAGGUUUGCAAGGGACUGUUAUAUGGAUGCGAAUCAAUGUGAACAUUCGCAGAGAAGGGCAUCUUGCUCUUACUCCUUUUGGUCCUCGUCCACUAUCAGAUGCAUUUCAACUGAUUUUGGCUGAGGUAGAAAAAGCCAAGAAAGGGUUCAGAGGGUCAAAGAAAGCACCUAAGAAAGACACUAUGAAAGAAGGACCCUCUGAGACCCCGAAAUCUCCUUCUAAGAAGAGAAAGGCUCUUGCUGCUUCAACUACUUCCCCAAAAUGA